AUGGAAUUAACAAUGAAUCCACAAACAGAACAGAAAGUUGAUUCUUCUCAACUAGCUCGUCGUCGAAAAAUAUUUGGCACGUGUAAAGGUUGUUCUCAACCAAACACAAAUUUUAAUGAAUGCGAUGCGUGCGAAGCUUGGGUGAAACAACAACAAAUAAAAUUAUUGGAGUUACAAAACGAAAUAAAUGAUCGUAAGAAUCGUAUAAAUCAGCAAACUUGUAAUAAUUGUGAUCAACCAAAACAUGUUCAUCAUCACAUUGCUGCUUGUGGUGAAUGCGGCUAUCCAGAAAUGAAGAUUGAAGAUUUGUAUGAAUUUGCUAUCUGUAAAGAUGAAGAAGAUAUUGAUGAUGAGGAAGAUGGGUGUGGAAUUAAAAUAUCUGAUUUGUCGUGUCCUAGAUGUGAUUCACGUUUGCAAGGUUUCCUUCAGUGUCCUGAUUAUACGGAAGUGGUUGAAAGAAUAAGAUUAGAAUUGAAUGAAAUGAAAUAUGAUGACCCUGAUUAUAGAAAGUUGGUAGACGUUAAAGAGCGCUACGAUAACCUCGUCCAACAACAACAGGAUGAGGAAGAUCAGUGGAAAUGA